AUGAUUACAGAUGAUCAAUUAAAUACGAUUGUAUUAAUAUUUGGUAUUGCUUCGGUGAUUUUGAUAUUGAUUUAUCACACUAUUUCAACGAAUGUCAAGAACUUGGAAAACUAA